AGGUGCACGUCCGUUCCUCGCGGGAACGAAGCCGACACCGAAGCCGAAGUUGAAACCGAAGUUGCAGCGGAAGCCGGCGCCGACGACGCUCCUCUUCGCCUUCGGAGGUUCUAGGGUGGCGACGGGUGGGGGUGUGUGCCACCCCUGGUUUCUUCUCGGCCGAGCAUUCAGUGUUGCUUCUCGGUGCACGAGUUCGCGUUAACGAUCGAGGAAGCGCGGUACUGCGAGUGUCGCAGCGCCGUGUGGACUCUGCUGCAGUCAGUGAUCGUGGAGGGUGCCGAGAGAGCGUACGGGGUGAAAGAAAGGGGAUGAUCGUAGGUGCGCGCGCGAGACAGACCGUCGCACCGCUCCUCGCCGAGAGGAUUGUUUCCUGAGGAAGGAACACCGGGGACAGCGUUACAAGGCCCGUCGAGAGACUUCAGAGUUUCUGGGAGUGGGCUGCGCCACCUUGCGAACUUCUGGCUGCGAAGCUAUGAACUUGGAGGCGUCGCGAUCGUUGAUUGAGCACGCCGCCGAGCAAAACCUACCGACGACACGGCCGAUGUGUUCAUAAUAAAUGGAGCAUGUCCCGUGGCCUGGCUGGCACGCUUGAGACCGUGAGACGACGGUGAUCUGAUCAUUCAUCGUUAGACUCGCGCGCGCGCCGGCACCCGUGAACUUUCCUAAUUCCGAAGAAAGUGUUGGCUCCCGGUUGCUAGUCGAAAGUUAGAGACCAACGGCUCCGCCGUACGAAAAUAACAGAAGUUAGCCGGUCGGCUGCUAGAUCGUUGACUGAGUUCGCAUCGCAACGAAACUUCGCUUUCACAGGGGCCCCCCCGGGGGUCGAGAUACGCGGGAACCGGUUGUCAGCAGUUUCAUCGAUCAAUUACAGUCUCCGAAACGUUCCCGCGACGGGAGCCAAUCGAGCGACUCGACCCGGCCGCGCUUAAGAUAUCCCAACUUCCCAAAUCCUUCAUCAACCAUUCAGCGGUGUCGAGCCCGGCAGCCUAUCCUUUAUCAACAGCAGGGCUUAGACCGCUCACGGCGGGGCUUUACGGAUCAAGUUCCUGCGUAUCUCCUCAAAUAAAGAAAACGAGGAUAGAAGCAUUCCGGCUGGUUCAUCCUGGAAAAAUAAGUUGUUGCCGCUACUGCCUCUGCAUUAUCGAUGAAAAGUGCUAACGGCCAGUACCAACCGGUCUUCGUUACCUCUCCCCAUCCCCCCUCUCUUCCGCGAACUUUCGACCAUAACUCGCGAAAUAACGACGCAAGAAACUGGGAACAAGAGGGCAUUCGUCUUGCCGCCGCCAGAAGUACCGACCAAAUUAUUAAUCUCCAGGGCCGAGAACUGCUGAAGGCAAUACUGGAAACCUGCGCCGCCAUCCAUUCUCAAAGCUCGCAGCUGCGAUCUUUAUGUCCAUAUCCGAUCGUCUUUUCUGAAUGGUAUAGGAUACUUCAGCCGGUGCAAUAAGGAUUUUAUUUAGAAGUCAAGCGCGAUCGCUUGAGGAUAGAGGAUUUGACCAAGAAACAAAAGAAUCAACAAGUAAUUGCUCGACUCCGAGCGUCAGGAUAGAGGAUAUGACCAAGAAAUAGAUGAGUCGUCAAGUAAUAAGUUAACUCCGAGCAUCGGGAUAGAGGAGUCGACAUAGGAACAGAAGAGAGAAUAGGUAAUAACUUGACUCCGAGCAUCAGGAUAGAGGAUGCGACCAAAGGUCAGAAGAGUCAGGAAGUAAAUCUUUUCUGCUGCACCAAGUACUCUUUUGUACUGUUUUUCUAUCGCUUGAAUCAUACGAUGGCUUACAAGUAUCUCAGUACUCACAAUAGCGUAAAAUAAAAAGCAAAGGCUGAAAAGUCCAAAGACCAAACAGUUCAAGAACCAAGGUCCGAAGACCAAACAGUGCGAAGACAACGAGGUCCAGAAGCUAAAAGAUCCAAAGGCUAAGAGGUCUAAAAACUAAAAGGAGAAAAGGCUAAAAGGUCCGAAGACUAAGAAGUCUAAAGGCGAAAAAGUCUAAAGACUCGAAAGUCUGAAGAACUGAUCAUCCAUCUUGGAGACAUCCUGGUCUCCAGUAGCAGGGACGAAUCCCGAACGCAGGUGAUCGUCUUAACUUCGAGCAGGAGCAGACCGACAACGUUGCAGUGGUAAACCGGUUGCUGUUGCUGGGAUGCCCCCAUGACAAGAGGGCGGCUCGUGGUGAUGUCUUGUUGCUGCUGGUGCUGCGAAGGCCUUGGCGGUGCCGGUUCCUCAAGUGCUGGUGCUGGGGGUGUAGUUAGUGGUGCGUCCGGAGGCAGUGUGGUCGUUGGCAGCGACGCCAGCAACGCCGGCGGUGGUGGUCUCGGUAUCGCGUCCGGUCUGUCCGCGAUGCUGUCGUUGGUAGUCGUCACCGUCGCCAUCAGCACCGGGGAGUGGCUUCUGACGGAGGAGAAGCUGCCGAAAACUUCGUCGAACACUUCCGUGGAGCCCGACAGCAAAGUUACCUACAGCGGCCUGUGGAGGGUCUGCGUGGCAAUAAGUUCCCGCAUGGAGUACGAGUGCUCGAGUAUCGACUAUUUUCCAAACGAGGAGUACAGUCCGGACCCGAGCGAUUCAACCAUGGCAAUACCAUAUGCAGUUACCAAGUCGGCGAUGUUCUUCUUCGCUGCAACAUCGCUGCUGGUGGUGGCCGAAGUUUGUUACUUCACUGCCCACGUUACUCACCCGAGACACAGACUCUGCGUCUUUGUCGCCGGCGUGGUCUUCAUAGUUUCCGGUUUGUUAAUGCUGGUGGGAAUGGUGAUGUACAUAUCUGUGUUCAAAGCUGAAGUUGGUAGUAAACUUAGACCAAGGUCGUCGUUUCAGGGACCACCCUUUACCUACAGGUACGGAUUCUCAUUUUUGCUGUACGUGAGUGGCUUCAUCACGACCGAGGUCGCUGGCACUUACGCCAUAUUCUUGUAUAUUUCUUGGCACCAGAGAGAACUGGUACGACGGGAUUCCAGGAGGAAAAAUUACGGGGGAGUGUAUCAUUUAGACAAUCACCACGUGCAUCAUGCAAAUCACUCGACCAUUGGUCACAGUGGGUUUCUCUGCGAGAGGCAUCAGAAAAGAUAUUUCUUCGGCAGGGAUUCGGUGGAUCACGUCGACUUCGACGAAUUCUUUCCACCACCUCCGAAUUUGGACUAUCAUGAUUAUUCGAGACAGUUUCCUAGGGACCUCACCACUCAAACGGUCAGUACAACGGCCGACGUACUGCAGGAAGAAGAAGAAGACUAUAGCCCAAGUGUUCAGCAUGAAUUCGUGACUUUCGAUCUCGAUGGACCUCUGCCCCCACCACCCCCAGUUAGGGGUAGCGAAUGGGCUUUCGACACGCUCAGGAAAACGACUCCUGUCUGAUAUACCGUCAGAUACGCGCGGCUGGUGCAAAGCGUCGAAAGCGACGAAGAGGACGAGGCGGAGACCGAGGAGGACCACGAUAUAGCCGGCGAUUAAACAGAUCGACUCGCUUUUUAAUGAGACCUUGCCCACGCGAUCGCAAAUAUUUCAUCGCGGGCCCGCACAAACGCAAAGGCGGAGACGCUUUUGAAGCGGAGCCAGCGGGGAUCGAUCGUCGGAUUAUCGAAUCUCAAUUUUAAUAACCAUCCUAUCGCUGUCCCGGAGAAAACUGUUCCGCGGCAGACAGCUCCGUUCCUCGAGAAAUCGGCGCCGCAAGUGACAGAGACACUGCAAUUACCACGUGAGAACAGUAUAGUGCGAAGUGCAGCGAUAUCGUUCGACGGGUGUAGCAACCUUCCAUCGAUUUCACGACGAAUAUUCUCUACCGACGAGACGUUUCUCGAGUGACGAACAUGGGGGAAUGCGUCUCGCCACUGCCAGCCUCGAUCGUAGAUCGAUUUAUCGAAGUGAUCCGUCCUUUCGAUGGACGAGGAUCAAUGCGUAUCUCGCGGACAAAAAUGAAAAGAGUGUUCGUAGAAGGUACUCGAUUGAAUUAUUCAAUCAUUGUGAAAUUAAAGGGAUUUUGAGGAGUUCUAACUUUGCACUCGAAGAGCCGUGUUUAUUUGAAAGGCCGAUCGUUACAUCUGUGAUCUGGAACAUUUGUAUUAUUAAACUGUGAAUUUAUAUGCGGAAUAAAAUUUGCCUUCAACGUGAAACAAACCAGAGUCGGGCAUCUCGUUCGGAUUGUUUCGGGUGUAACACAGAUUUUCUACGGCUAUCUGAGUGAUCAUUCCAGUGCAAAGAUAUGCAUUAAAUGUCGACGCAACAAUAACUUCCACAGUCGUUUGUAAACGUUCGUUGCUAGUGCACCGAAAGACUGCCACAGACUGCAAACAAAUCGAGACUGCGAAUCGAUGAAUCUGUAAUCGCGUAAAACACUGUUGUAUUUAGUGUAGAUAUAAUUGUGUGUUUAACAUUUUAAUCUUAAUUCUACGGGGAUCGAGAAGGUCGCAGCCAAUGCGGCAUCGUUUUUCAUGUAUAACAAGAUCUCCACGAAAUGAAACACAGAGGACUUUCAGUCGCGAGUAUGGUGUCUAUAGGAUUCAGAUUAAAAUGAGCAUGAACUUUUCUCGAAGACUGCACCGUUGUUGAGCGUCGAGUUGUCCCGUUUGUAACCGGCACUGUAUUAAUCGUUACUCUCAGGAUAAGCUGGCGCGUCAAACGGAUCAUUCGAUUAAGCGAGGGAAGCGUCCAAUUAAGAAAGAAGAAGGAAUUGCCAAUGAUUUCGAAGUCUAGGGUUUAACGAUCUAUUGUAUAACUGUAUCAUGAAUGUGUUCAUAGUCGAAAACUGGUUAAACGAAGUUUUAUCGUAUUCUGUGUACAGAGAGCAUGAGAAAGCUACCGAUGUUACGAAUGAGAAUUUUUAACAGGAGAUAAUUAGUCGAUAAGGUUUUUUACCGUAGUCAAUUUUCCACUGAGGGUUCGCCGGUCAAACGUUUCUCGGCUGGCUCGCCGGCCAAAGACAAAUGAAAGUUGCGAUGUUCGUCGAUUAAUCGUCAGUCAAUCUAACAGUAAGCUCGGACGUUUCAUGGAAACUCCGAUUAAACGCUGUGUACAUAGAGGAGGCUGGAUAUCUUCGUUACUAAAUUUCGAACUGAGAAUGGAUCGUGUUGAUCAUACUUUUACUCUCCUGUUGAAUAUUGUUACGAAUUUUUUACUCUGACAGCCAUGCGUCAUGUGCGAGAGGAAGCAUCUUUUGUGACAAUAUAUAUAUAUGUAUAAUGGUAACCGCGUCGAGUGCCAUUUUUGGGGCUCCAUUUUUAAGCAUGAAUUCCGAAAACUCUUGGAUUCCAUUUAAACAAUUUAAUGACGAGGAGAUGUUGUUCGAAGCGUUUCUCUCUCACAUUGUUUUUCACCGGUUUGGUACUUAUACCGUAUGGGAGGAGAUUAAUUUUCCAUAGAACUAUCGAUCGUUUUUAUGACUGAUAAUAUUGAGACCACGGAACCGAUGGUAUUCAAUUGGAUUCUGCGGAGAUCACCUGUAAAUAAUUGCGAUUACUGCGAUGGAAUUUACCGUGGACUAUAUGCGACGAGAAAGUUUGUUUUGUAUUAUACGUAUAUAUAUAUAUUUGUAACGCUCAAAAUUAUAAUGAUAAUGUUACGAUGCCAGGUGUUCGUGGUAGUCUUCGAACGUGAGUUAACUUUUGCUCGACGGGGUUCGAUGGAAACGGAUUCAUGUAAUGAAUAUAAGAAUAUUCGGCCUCGGACUAGAGAGAAAUCAAACGUUUGUCGUAACGUUGGCAUUGUUUAUAAAAAUAAUCCAUGUUCAUUAGCGUACGAUUGAAGUUUAUUGUUUAUGUAUUCGAUGGUGAUAAGCUUGUCCCGACUUUACAAUUUGUACAAUAAAGUUUCUCCGAAAUGAA